AUGGACCCCUUAAAGUAUUUAUUCGAGAAGCCUGCAUUGACAGGGAGACUUGCACGAUGGCUACUACUUUUAUCAGAAUUUGACAUCACUUAUGUCACACAGAAGGCUGUCAAAGGAAAGGUCAUCGCAGAGCAUUUAUCUGCACAUCUAGUCAUGGAUACACGAAGAUUAGAGGAUAUCUUCCCUGAUGAAGAAAUAGCAGUGAUAAAUACAGAAAGGGAGAUAAAACCUUGGCAAAUGUAUUUUGAUGGUGCAGCCAAUCAGAAAGGAUGCGGAGCUGGCAUUCUACUUAUAACCCCUGAGGGAGUCUACAUGCCCAUGGCCACUAGAUUGGAAUUUGAAUGCACCAACAACAUGGCCGAAUAUGAAGCUUGUGUCAUUGGCUUGGAGGCAGCUCUCUCCAUAGGGGUAAAAAACCUGCAAGUGUACGGUGACUCGUCCAUCAUGGUAUGUCAGGUCCGAGGCGAUUGGAAGACAAGAGAUGAAAAGCUGAAGCCUUACCAAGGGUAUAUAGAAGUCUUGAUGAAGCAGUUCGCGGAGAUUAGUUUUGACUAUUUCCAAAGGGACAACAAUAGACAUGUUGAUGCCUUGGCAACGCUUGCGUCAAUGAUCAAUUUUGGCCCAAAGGAGAAGAUUCAACCAUUCAUGGUAGACUUAAGAAGCCAACCCUCAUAUCAGAACUGCAUUAACACUUUGACCCCUGAUGGCCGGCCAUGGUUCGCCCCCAUUAUAGAUUUCAUUCGAGAAGGGAAGUAUCCGACAGAUGCGACCUUGAGGGAAAAGAGGUUUCUUAGGCAUUAUGCCACCCAGUUCAUCAUACAUGAGAAUAUCUUGUACAAGUGA